ACAGCCAGCGACACCGACCUGGACAAUUCUGUUGCAGUGGUUGUGGUGCCUGAGUUGGUGUUGUACGCGGUGCUAUUAUCAGGCAUCAGAACUACGUUGCCAGGUAUGUGGGAAAGAACAGUAACUAUAGGAAGUGCUGGAAAAACAUACAGUGUAACUGGCUGGAAGCUUGGCUGGUCUAUUGGCCCCCCGAACCUGAUUAAGCAUUUGCAAGUUGUUCACCAAAAUACACUGUAUACUUGCCCAACUCCGUUACAGGAGGCUUUGGCACAAGCAUUUUGGAUAGACUAUAAACGCAUGGAUGACCCAGACUGCUAUUUUUACUCGCUGUCUCGAGAGCUGGAAAGCAAGCGUGAUCGGAUGGCUCAGCUACUUCAAGAAGCUGGACUAAAGCCGGUCAUUCCAGACGGAGGAUACUUUAUGAUUGUUGAUGUUUCUGCAUUAAAUGUGGAUCUCUCUGAUGUAGAUGAGAAACAACCUUAUGAUUAUAAAUUUGUCAAGUGGAUGAUAAAAUCUAAGAAGCUGUCAGCUAUUCCUCUGUCAGCGUUCUGUGGUCCCGAGACAAAAAGGCAGUUUGAAAAAUAUAUACGGUUUUGCUUCAUUAAGAAAGACAGUACGUUAGAUGCGGCUGAAGUGAUCCUGAAGAACUGGAAUAAACAGCCAGCCUGAUUUUUCUUCUUAACUCUUCCAUCUGGUAUAAUUAUCUAAUAGUGAGGGAUGCUUAUUGCAAAUUUAAGAACAGAUUACUUUGUACAGAAUUAAUACGACAUUGUAAAUAACUUUGUGCUGCCACCUGCUGAGGAGUUAAAACAGUGAGUUACUGAAAUACGUGUAAUGCAACUCAGAGGUUAUUUUCAGCGUUUUCAAAAUAAUUUACUUUUUUUCCUAAA